GAGCCUCGCUGUUCUCAUACCAAAUUCAUAUAACCUUGAGAUUAUCACUUUGAAGCCUUCUUCGAAUUUCCUCAUUCAAGAUGCAAAUUUUCGUCAAGACCCUCACCGGAAAGACCAUCACAUUGGAGGUGGAGAGUUCUGAUACUAUUGACAAUGUAAAGGCCAAGAUUCAGGACAAGGAAGGCAUCCCCCCAGACCAGCAAAGGUUGAUCUUCGCUGGUAAGCAACUUGAGGAUGGCCGCACGUUGGCUGAUUACAACAUCCAGAAGGAGUCCACACUCCACUUAGUGCUUCGCCUCCGUGGAGGAAUGCAAAUUUUUGUUAAGACUUUGACUGGGAAGACCAUUACAUUGGAGGUAGAGAGUUCAGAUACCAUUGAUAAUGUUAAGGCAAAAAUUCAGGACAAGGAGGGAAUUCCCCCAGACCAACAGAGGCUGAUUUUUGCUGGUAAGCAACUGGAGGAUGGCCGUACCCUGGCUGACUAUAACAUCCAGAAGGAGUCCACCCUCCACUUGGUGCUCCGUCUUCGUGGUGGUAUGCAGAUUUUUGUGAAGACACUUACUGGGAAGACCAUCACCCUGGAAGUUGAGAGCUCUGACACAAUCGAUAAUGUUAAGGCCAAAGUUCAAGAUAAGGAAGGUAUCCCUCCAGACCAGCAGAGGCUGAUAUUUGCUGGAAAGCAGCUAGAGGAUGGGAGGACCCUUGCAGAUUACAACAUCCAGAAGGAGUCCACCCUCCACUUGGUUCUCCGUCUCCGUGGCGGGAUGCAAAUUUUCGUGAAGACCCUGACUGGAAAGACCAUCACCCUGGAAGUUGAGAGCUCAGACACGAUUGAUAAUGUUAAGGCCAAGAUCCAGGAUAAGGAAGGAAUUCCUCCAGACCAGCAGAGGCUGAUUUUUGCUGGGAAGCAACUUGAAGAUGGGAGGACCCUUGCAGAUUACAACAUCCAGAAGGAGUCCACCCUCCACUUGGUUCUUCGUCUCCGUGGCGGGAUGCAAAUUUUCGUGAAGACCCUGACUGGAAAGACCAUCACCCUGGAAGUUGAGAGCUCAGACACGAUUGAUAAUGUUAAGGCCAAGAUCCAGGAUAAGGAAGGAAUCCCACCAGACCAGCAGAGGCUGAUUUUUGCUGGGAAGCAACUUGAAGAUGGGAGGACCCUUGCAGAUUACAACAUCCAGAAGGAAUCCACUUUGCACCUGGUCCUUCGCCUCCGCGGUGGCUUUUAAGUGUGGUGCCGAACACCUGUCCAGUUAUUGUUGAUGCGUUAAGUUUGUAUGUGUGUGGGUCGUAUGCUAAUGUGAGCUGGCCACUAGGCUGGGGAAGCUUACGAGUAAAAAUAAUUGCUUUUAUCAACGUUUUUAGUUGUUCUUUAGGUUUCAAGGUUCUAUGGCAUUGAAUAAAUAUGUUUUUGCAUUUUGCAGUCAA